AUGGCGGCGAAACUUCAAACACAUGAGCAGGGGACAGGUGCAACCUGUACGCCCCUUCUUACUCCAGUAGGGCCUUGGGUACAUGGUGUGGCUGGCAUUCUUGGCGGCUCCAUAUCCAUGGCGCUUUUUUAUCCCUUGGACUUCCUCCGGACACGUAGACACCUAUAUAAGGGGGGUGGUAAAUUCCCCCUGCGCUCAGCACGACAAAUUAUCCGGGAAGAAGGUUUGCGAGGAAUUUACAGCGGUCUCACUGUGUCUAUGUUUUCUUACAGUGUUGCAUGGGGGCUAUAUUUAUUGACGUUUAGAACCGCACAACAGAAGCUUUUUUGUUUUGAGGAUAAAACGCGUUCUACCACGGACAAUACUCGAAGUGGCAGCAGUAGCGCUUUGCGGGAUUUUUUGAGUGCGUGUGUGGCUUCCGUUAUUACUGGUUUUGUUAUCACACCAAUGAAUCUCCUCAAAACGCGUCGACAGUUGUACGAGAUGGAAAGCUACGAUAAACCCCGAGGCGUCUUUUCUGGAAUAAGGAGUAUUAUAAAAAAGGAAGGAUACUCUUCUUUGAUUCGCGCUGUUGGGCCCCAAAUCCUUUUGACAGGAAGUACGACAAUUCAGGUAAGCCUCUACGAGGGCAUGAAACGUGGAGUCUUCCUGGAUGAAACUCAUCCGUUAUUUAUGGAGGUCGUGGUUGCGUCGGCACUUUCAAAGGCGACAGCCUCAGCAAUAUGUAACCCUCUUGAGGUUGUGCGAACUCGUCUGCAGGACGUACGGCACCGUUCUGUGAAGGGCUACAAUUCGAUGUGGGGGGCGUUCUGUACUAUUUGGCGUACUGAGGGUUUUUGUGGACUUUACAGAGGUCUUCCUGUGAAUAUAUGUCGUGUUAUUCCCACAACGGUUAUGACGGUUGUUGUGUACGAAGAGAUCCUCUUGGCGCUUUCAUCUUCCGUCCAUUGGAAAAUUAUGUUUUUGCUUAAUGAAACAGUGUUUGACAGUGACCUGGGUGACUGGAUCGACAUAAGUCCGAGAGAGUAA